AUGGCGCUGCAGUACGUGGAGGCGCAGCGGCAGGCGCGCCCGGACCUCGCCGACUGGUACGCCUCCGUCGCCGACCUCUACCAGCGGAAGCUAUGGCACCAGCUCACCCUCAAGCUCGACCAAUUCCUACAGCUCCAGGCCGCACAGACCGGAGACACUAUCAUUCAGCUCUACAACAAUUUCAUCACCGACUUUGAGACCAAGAUUAAUCUGCUCAAGCUUGCCCAUUUUGCGGUGAUAGCUUCUCGCCAGUACCCUGAUAAGGAUGCUGCAAUUACUUUCUUAGAGGGGGUGAUCACAAAGCUGCGUGAGACAAGAGAGUCGCGGAUUAAUGAACCAAUUCUCUAUGUGAAGAUGCAAAUUGCAGCUAUUAAUCUUGAGAAAGGAAACCAAAAAGAGUGCAAGAAUUUGUUGGAGGAUGGGAAAACCACUCUCGAUAGUAUGACUGAUGUUGAUCCCACAGUUCAUGCUAGCUUUUACUGGAUAUCAUCUCAAUACCACAAGGCCCGCCAAGAAUUUGCGGAGUUCUAUAAGAACGCUCUUCUCUAUCUGGCCUACACAACUGUGGAGUCUCUAUCUGAGUCAUUCAAGCUAGACUUGGCUUUUGAUCUUUCUCUAGCAGCCUUGCUGGGUGAUAACAUUUACAACUUUGGAGAGUUGUUAGCUCACCCGAUUAUCAAUAGUCUUAUUGGAACCAAGGUGGAGUGGGUUUAUCAUAUGUUACAAGCAUUCAACACCGGCAACCUUGCUCUCUACCAAGAACUUUGCAGGGUUCACAAUGCUGCUCUUACCACACAACCAGCUUUGGUGCAGAAUGAGCGGAAGCUGCUUGAGAAAAUCAAUAUUCUUUGUCUGAUGGAGAUAAUCUUUAGCCGGCCAUCUGAAGAUAGAACUAUUCCAUUAAGUGUUAUUGCUGAGCAGACUAAGCUUUCAAUCAGUGACGUGGAAUAUCUGCUUAUGAAGAGCCUCUCGGUUCAUCUUAUUGAGGGAAUAAUUGAUGAAGUGGACAGUACAGUUCACGUCUCGUGGGUCCAGCCCAGAGUGCUUGGAAUUCCACAGGUUAAGGCUUUGCGCGACCGCCUGGAUGCCUGGGUUGGAAAGGUCCAUACUACAUUGCUUUCAGUUGAGGCGGAAACCCCUGAUCUUGUUGCUGCGUAA